UUCUAUCAAUAUAUAGGGAAGGUUCGAAGGGGCGGGCGGAGUGCACCGUUUACUUCUUAGUGAAAUAAAAUACCGGACUGUAGUUGUGUAACCUGCAAAUUGUCUGGAAUUCUCUCAGAGUUAUCGUCCCAUAUCGGACGAUGUACGAUGAAGAAUUCACAUGUAGCCAUCAUACUAGUAACUUUAUUUUUCCUGGAUGGUUGGUGGACCGGAAUACUUAGAUGGAUUAUCUUCAAAAUGAUGUCUACUGGAAUUAUUGGUGCUACUUUCAGUACUCUUGUAGAUUUUUGCGCUUAUCACCCAAAGAUCUGGGAAUCCUCAAUCAAUCUUUUGUCACAGCCUUCCAGUUCUGAAUUGAAGUUUGAUUGCCCACCUGGAUUUAUAGCAGCGCCAAACCAAAGUCAUUUCCCGACUAGUAAUGGCUGUGGAGCUGAUGGACUCAAAAUAGACGUUGAAUGUUUGCCAUAUAAAGACCAAGAGCUAUGCUGCAACACUCACGAUAUGUGUUACGAUAAAUGCCACAUCAUUUCGUCAAUGGAAGCUGACGUGCACCGAGGCCAAUGCGAUAAAGAAUUUAAAAACUGUUUGAUAAAAAUUUGUUCAUUUAAAAGCUGGCAGCGGUACUUGAUUUGCCCAUUUCGCAUCGUACUUACUAAUAAAUUCUGGAAUGAGAACUGCGAGCAGCCUUUAAUCGAUGAUCGGGAGAAAAAGUGCGAAGCAUCUGUUGAAGUUCUUUAUCAAUCCGUCCAUGGUUGGGGAUUUAGUGCUUACUUAAAGGCUCAAUCACAAGCUUGCGUCUGCGUCCCCGGUUGAAAACACAAACACAAAUGAUUUCGUAAUUUUAAUGAUGUCUUUCAUAAUUUAUUUUCAUGAUUUCGUAUUUUGCAUAUUUACUGCCUAGAAUACAGACAACAAAUUGAAAAAUAA